AUGACCGCUGCGAUCGCGGCUGGAGUCAAGCUGCCGCCUACACAUGUGGAAGCGAGUGCUAGAGCGCUCGAACAGCUUCGCCAGACCCAGAAUGUCAAUAGAUAUGCAAUGGAGACGAAGAGCAGCAUCAUUGCCAUCGGGCUCUCAGUGCACCACACUCCUGUGGAAAUCAGGGAGAAGCUUUCGAUCCCUCAGGCUGAAUGGCCUCGUGCGAUUGAGGAGCUGACGUCUUUUCCUCACAUUGAGGAGGCUGCUGUUCUGUCCACCUGCAACAGGAUGGAGCUGUAUGUUGUGGCGCUCUCCUGGCACAGGGGUGUGCGCGAGGUGGAGGAGUGGAUGUCUCAGACCAGUGGCAUUCCGCUGGAGGAGCUCCGGCCGCACAUGUUCCUUCUCCGCGACCGCGAUGCCACCUCGCACCUCAUGAGGGUGUCUGGCGGGCUGGACUCGCUGGUCAUGGGGGAGGGCCAGAUCCUUGCGCAGGUGAAGGACGUGUACAAGGUGGGCCAGAACGCACCCGGCUUUGGCCGCCAGCUGAACGGCCUGUUCAAGCAGGCCAUCACCGCCGGCAAGCGCGUGCGCGCUGAGACCUCCAUCUCCUCCGGUGCUGUCUCUGUCUCCUCUGCAGCCGCUGAGCUUGCGCAGCUCAAGCUGCCCACCCAUAACUUUGACGACAGCAAGGUGUGCAUCAUCGGUGCGGGCAAGAUGUCCCGGUUACUGGUGAAGCACAUGGCCUCCAAGGGGCUCAAGCGGCUGACGAUCCUCAACAGAUCACUGCCUCGCGUGGAAGCCCUGAAGGAGGAGUUCCCAGAAGUGGAGUUUGACGUGCACCUGAUGCCAGACCUCAUGCAGUGCAUCAGCGACUGCGACACCAUAUUCGCAGCCUCCGGUUCUGAGGAUAUCCUUGUGCACAAGGAGCACCUUGCAGAAAUGCCACCAGCAUCGGCGGCAGUGGGCGGCUUGCGGCGGUUCUUUGACAUCAGUGUACCGCGCAACAUUGCGCCCGACAUAACUGAGGACGUGUGCGGCCGCGUGUUCAACGUGGACGACCUGAAGGAGGUUGUGUCCAAGAACAAGGAGGAGCGGCGCAAGGCAGCUGAUGAGGCCCAGGUGCUGCUGGAGCAGGAGCAGCUGUCAUUCGAGGCCUGGAGGGACUCCUUGGAGACCGUGCCCACCAUCAAGGCGUUGCGCGGGAAGGCAGAGUCCAUCAGGGCCGGGGAGCUGGACAAGGCGAUGGGCAAGAUGGGCGACGGCCUGACCAAGAAGCAGCUCAAGGCUGUUGAAGAGCUCAGCCGCAGCAUUGUGAACAAGAUCCUGCACGGGCCCAUGACCGCCCUGCGCUGCGACGGCUCUGACCCCGACGCGGUCGGCCAGACACUCGCCAACAUGGAGGCACUGGAGCGCAUGUUUGAGCUCUCGCGCUUCAACACAACCUCCAUCAGCCGAUAG